AAAAACUGACGGCAGGUUUAACUAAACAGAUUAGCAGGAGUCACGCCUUACUUAUUUAAACCAUGAGUACAGGAUGUUGAUGUCCAGAUGUAGUUAAACCGAGCUGCUACUGAGAUGGACUGCUUCAUAUUCCUCCUGUCUUUUCUCACAACUAUUUGUGCAGGCUUUAGAGUGAGCGUACCCGCAGGUCGCAUGGUCGCGGUCCGAGGUCAGCCGGUCCUCCUGGGCUGUGAGUUCACCCCUGACUCCACCACUGACCUUUCGUCUUUGGUUGUCACAUGGCAGCGGGUGGAGGAUUCCCGCGUCAUCCACAGCUUCUAUUACCAACGGAAUCAGCUGGACUUGCAGAGCCCGGAUUACCAUAACCGCACGGCCAUGCUCGUGUCCGAGCUGAGGAAAGGCAACGCGACGCUCAGGAUCGACCCGGUGGGGCCGAGAGACGUGGGCGGGUACCUGUGCACGGUGAGCAACACCAUGGGCACGGAUAAAGCCCAGGUGUGGCUGGAAUACGGAGCCUUCUACACAGAACCGAGGCUGAGCGUUAACUCGAACUGCUCCACCGUCACGCUGCUUUACGAGGCGGAGGGUUUCCCAAAGCCGGAGGUCGGAUGGUUCGGAGAAGACGGAGCGGUCCUGAGUCACCACACCGAGCUCAGCGAUGACGCAGACAGGGCAGGUGGACCCGUGGGACUGUAUUAUCUAAAGAGCAGCCACGUGUCACAGAGUUCUUCCCUGAACGUCACCUUCACACUAAAGAACCAGCUCCUCGAUCAGAAUCUGUUCAAACCUGUCAGCAUCACAUAUGGUGGACAGAAUCACGUCUGUGAAGCGAACACUACCAUCCCCAUCGUUUUAAGUGUGCUGUGUGUCCUGUGUGCCCUGCUGGUUCUCUGCGUAAUCGUUCUGCUCAUAAAGAACCUGAGAACGGCUUGGCGUCGUUCGCAUAUGUUAAACAACGGCACCCCGAGCCACAAGAACGGACAGGAGAUGCUCCGGUGCUGA